UUUAAUGUUUUGAAAGCAUUUCCAGCAUCAAACAUGCAAACGUGACAGCAACAUUACUAGCACUUCGUGUGCAAUAGGUUAAAAUGACAGCAAAUGUUCCAACAGAGGCAGACUAUUAGGCGAAUGUACCGUAAUGUUUGCUAGCAUAUGCUAAUGUGGUAGAACGUACCUUUUCUGCAGAAGCCAUGGAGAGGCUAGUAUCUAAAUUGACAGAAAAGCAUGUUCUCUUCACGGCUUCUUUCGCUAUACGUCUUGCCUUGGUUGUGUAUGGGGAAUUCCACGACAAGACUAUGAUAGUGAAGUACACUGAUAUUGACUAUCACGUGUUUACAGACGCUGCGAGGUUCACUACGAAGGGCGAGUCCCCGUACAACAGAUCAACCUAUCGAUACACACCACUAUUAGCCUGGCUGCUCACUCCCAACAUUUAUAUCCACAUGGUGUUUGGAAAACUCGUUUUCAUCCUGUGUGACGUGCUAUCCGGACUAUUGAUCUACAAGAUUCUUUACCUACGAGGUCUUGGCUCAGAGACAGCUCUACGGGUUUGUUCGCUGUGGCUCCUCAACCCCCUACCAAUGGGAGUAUCCAGCCGAGGGAAUGCUGAAUCCAUUCUGGCAGCUUUGGUACUUGGGACUCUCCUUUGUAUAGAGGGCCGACGCAUGACGCAGGCAGCAUUGCUCUAUGGAUUGUCUGUUCAUAUGAAGAUCUACCCCAUCACAUAUGCUCUCCCCAUUGUUCUGUCUCUCCGUACGACACACAUUAGAAGAGAUGAAAAGCAAAACAUGUGGAGGAGUGCUAUUGACUUCUUAGGAAGUUUCUUCAACAGGGAGUUGUUCCAUUUCGCAAGUGUGGCCGGAGGGCUGUUUUUGGCUCUCGCUUCACUUUUCUAUUACAUGUACGGUUGGACAUUCCUUCAUGAGACCUACUUGUAUCAUUUAACCAGAAGAGAUAUACGCCAUAACUUCUCCCCAUACUUCUAUAUGCUCUACUUAACUGCAGACAGUAGGUGGAGCCAUUGGCUUGGGCUAGCGGCAUUUCUACCACAGUUGAUCCUCUUGUUAGUCACAUCAUGGGCUUUUCACCAUGAUCUGGCUUUUUGCUGUUUUCUACACACCGCCAUCUUUGUCACGUUCAACAAAGUCUGCACAUCACAGUACUUCCUAUGGUACCUGAGUUUACUUCCUCUGGUCAUCCCUCAUUUGAGUCUUUCAGUGAAACAAGAAGUGGGACUACUGCUCCUGUGGUUUGCUGGACAGGGUAUAUGGUUGGUGCCGGCUUACUUUUUGGAGUUUGAAGGCUACAACACUUUUCUGUUCAUCUGGCUUGCCGGACUGCUCUUUUUGAUAAUGAACUGCUUCAUCUUGAUUCAGCUCAUUGUACAUUACAAACCAAAACUGACUGGAAAGACUGACAAGUUGGAAUAGCUCCACGGACAUGUGAAUGUGCAAAAGCCUUUAUUUGAAUCAGCGCUUCAAUAUAAAGACUGAUCGUGUAUCUUGUUCAUCAUGGGAAAACUGCAAAGUACAUUUUGUAUGUGUGUUUAAUAUAUUAAAUAUUUUAACCAUUAACCAUGUUUAUGCUGUUACUUUGAAACAAACAUUCGAGUAAUGUCAAAACGUUAUAUUUGAGAUGUAUGCAAUGUGCUGCUUUGUCCAGUAGGGGGCAGCCUGUGUUUGCUAACUGAGCUUCUGUCCUGAUGUAACCUUUCUGAUAACUCUGGUAAAUGGAGGACACCAAAAAUAAUUGAUUGCACUGGCUCCCAAUCCCACCUUGCUUAAAUCGUUAGUCAUUAUAUGUUUUUAAUGUAAAUAUAUAUAUUUUUGAAAACAUGACUGCACUACCUUCUAAAAGAAUGUUCAUUAAUUUUAUUCUAGCGUAUUAUUGAGAAAACCAAAAUAUUAGAAACACCCAUAAUAAUGAAACUGCUGAUCAAACACUGCUUCAACAAGAUUUUUAUAGUACUGUAUUGUGUUAGAAAUGUUUAACGCAGGUCUUGUACUGCGAAAGGAGUACUUAAUGUUUUCUAAUGUUGCUUUAUUUGGGUCUUUCCUGAAUCUCUACCUGUUGUCCUUAAACUUAAACUACGAACACAUGCAAGUUAUAGUCGUACUGAUAUAAAAUGUAAAUGGAUCUGCAAAUGAGACUGAUAUUAUUUAAAACACCAAAUACUUCU